CAUCCACCGCCAUUUCCCGGUUGUUGGGGAAUUCUCUGCUUGCAAGCAACCUUUAAACCCUUAUUCAUGGCGGACAAGGACUUUGAACAAUUGGUUUUGUUUUUUCUCAAUUCUAUUAUUUUUUUGCGCUGUGAAUAAUAUUUCGUCGUCUUAGGCAGAUUGCUCUGAAUAAUUCAACGCUGAAUUCAUGCCGGGAAAUGUUGAGGGUUUCCUUUUGAGGAAUUUUGAAUUUUUCUAUUUUUAGCUUGAAAGCUAAGGAAAAUUCAAGAAUUUAAACCGGAAAUAAAUCCCGGCCUGGCUGAGCUGGCUUUGCUGCAAAAUAAAUUUUAAAUGCGUUUUCCAGCUUUUAUCUGGAUUAGCAUUUCUGCAACGAUUUAAAUAAACGGCCGUCAAAAGCAGCAUAAUUAAAUUUUACAUUAAUAAUUUAAGCUCACAGUUCGUCAGAAUUUGUGGCCUUAGGGGCUUAUGCAGCAGUUUGUAUGACUGGUUAAAAAAUCUGUGUUUGAAAGACAUGGAUGGAAUGGCGAAAGAAAAGAUUGUUGAGGCUUCGGAAAAUAACGUAUCGGGAAUUCUUUAUAAGUGGGUGAAUUUUGGCAAGGGGUGGAGACCGCGUUGGUUUUCAUUGCAGGACGGCGUGCUUUCUUAUUAUAAGAUUCAUGGGCCAAAUAAAAUUCAUGCUAUUUCCAAGGGGAUUCGCAUCAUUGGAGAGGAAUCACGCAAGCUUUCAAAGAAACAGAACAAUUAUUACUUCUCUGAUGAAAAGAGACAUCCUAAAACUUACGGAGAGAUUUACAUUAAGGUAGUCUGUGAAAGGCUAAGUCCUUGUUCAGAUGCAACGCCCGUAUUACUGUUGGAAUCUCUUAGGCUUGAGUUGGCAACUAUACCUCAGAUUUCUUCCUUUAAAGCAAGUAAAUCAGAUGAAAGGAAAUUCUAUAUCUUUACUGGAAUAAAGACAUUACAUCUCCGUGCAGAGACAAGAGAAGAUAGACAAGCAUGGAUGGAUGCAUUGCGUGCCACAAAAGAGUCAUUUCAAAGGAGUUGGGCUGACUCCGUUGCGUUGCCAGAGUCUCAGGAAAUAGCAAUUUCAACAGGAACAUUGAGAAAACGGUUAACAGAAGAGGGCCUCUCUGAAGAGGCGAUUAGGGAUUGUGAAGACAUUAUGAAUUCUGAAUUUGCAGUCUUACAACAACAGCUGAGGUUGCUUCAGAAAAAGAACAUACACCUGAUUGAGAAGUUAAGACAGUUACAGGCAGAAAAGAUGGAAUUGGAGGCCAAAGUUGUAGAUGAAACAGAAAAUUCUAUGCAUGGUGCUCACUGUUCUGGUGAAAGUAUGCCUGAAGAUUGUCAUGGGACUGACUCAGAUACUGAUGAGGAAAAGGAAACACGUGUUGAAGUUGAAGCAGAUACAGAUGAGGAAGAUGAUGUUUACUUUGACACAACAGAAUUUCUUGGUGCAGAUGCAUUAAGUGGACAAUCGUCAUUUAAGUUAUCAAGGGAAUCUCCUGGUGCUGGGUCACCUCCAUCAAGGUCUGCAACACAUGUAGAUGGGGCUAAUACAGUCAUGAAUGUAGUUGAUUCUAGUUAUCCUCUUAUCGAGCGGCGAAAGAGGUUACCUGAACCUAAAGAAAUAGAGAAAAGUGUUAGCUUGUGGUCAUUGAUCAAGGAUAAUAUUGGAAAAGACUUGACCAAAGUUUGCCUUCCAGUUUAUUUUAAUGAGCCAAUUUCUUUCUUACAGAAAUGUUUUGAGGAUAUGGAAUACUCCUAUCUUCUAGAUCGAGCAUAUGAAUAUGGUAAACAAGGAAACUAUUUGAUGAGGGUAUUGCACGUUGCUGCAUUUGCUGUCUCUGGAUAUGCAUCAUCAGAGGGUCGAACAUGUAAACCUUUUAAUCCAUUGCUAGGAGAGACAUAUGAAGCAGAUUAUCCUGAUAAAGGCAUACGAUUCAUUUCUGAAAAGGUCAGCCAUCAUCCCAUGACCAUAGCAUGCCAUUGUGAAGGAAGAGGCUGGGUUUUUUGGGGUGAUAGUACAUUGAAAAGCAGAUUUUGGGGUCGUUCUAUUCAGCUAGAUCCUAUUGGAAUUCUUACCCUUAAAUUUGCGGAUGGAGAAGUAUUCCAGUGGAGUAAGGUGACAACCUCAAUUUACAAUAUAAUUCUUGGAAAACUUUAUUGUGAACAUUAUGGGACAAUGCAUAUUCAAGGGAAUAGACAACUAUCAUGCAAGUUAAAAUUCAAGGAACAAUCAAUAAUGGAAAGAAAUCCACACCAGGUACAAGGUUACGUCCAUGAUAAAACUGGGAACAAGCUUGCAACUUUGAUAGGAAGGUGGGACGAAAGCAUGUACUUUGUAAUGAGAGACAUUGCAGAAAAAUCAAGGAGUUACGAUCCCAUGUCAGAAGCUGUUUUAUUGUGGAGGAAAAAUCCACCUCCUGAAUUUCCUACAAGAUAUAAUUUAACCUCAUUUGCUAUAACAUUGAAUGAAAUCACACCUGGACUUCAGGAGAAGUUGCCUCUCACAGAUUCCAGAUUGAGGCCUGAUCAACGCCAUCUUGAAUGUGGAGAAUAUGAACUUGCAAAUGCUGAAAAGUUACGACUUGAACAGAAUCAGAGACAGGCAUACAGACUACAAGAGAAAGGAUGGCAGCCACGUUGGUUCAAAAGGGAGAAUGACCGAAAUACUUACCGGUAUUUGGGAGGGUAUUGGGAAGCUCGAGAAAAUGCUCAUUGGGAAGGUUGUCCUCACAUAUUUGGUCUGAAUGUCCCUGAUACAUGCCAGGAUUAGUCUUGUCAUCUUUUUCUCGUCACAUUAAUUAUCAAUAUCAUCAAUUUGUAAUUGAAACCAUCCUUAUCAUCAUUUAUUCGAAGAAUCAAAGCUUUGAGCAUUUUUUAGUCUCCCCAGACUUGGUUUUUCAUCUUUCAAUAGUUACAAUCGAAGUUUAAAUUAUAAUGCUUUUCAUUUUAAAAUUAGAAGAUAUAAAAACACCAUCCGUAUGAUGGGGUUUGUUGGUGUGUUUUUGGUUUUGGGGUUGGGUCCAAACUGCAAAUAUCCAAAACUCCAAAUAUGGUUUUCCUUUGGAAAUAAUGUAAACUUAUGGUUUCAUUUGAAGCCAGUUUCAAAUAAUUGACUGGUCAAUUGCAAUGCUUGCCCACUUAAAAUGUUAAAGGAGAUUUUAUUCAUUUUAGUCUAUUCACCCAUGGUUUCUAUCUAA